GGUAUUGUGGGAGUUGUAGGCAGUGCGGCGCGGGCCCGGACAGAGCAGGCGCUAUAAAUCCUGGAUCCUCCAUUCCCAUGGCUGGGCACCGAGGAGCUGCCUGGUGAUUCCAGGGCAUGCUGAUGCUGUUUUGCCAGGAGAGAGAUGGGGAAAAGGUACUUCUGUGACUACUGUGACAGGUCCUUCCAGGACAACCUGCACAACAGGAAGAAACACCUCAAUGGAGUUCAGCAUCUCCGGGCUAAGAGAGUCUGGUACGACUCAUUCCGAGAUGCUGCUGCUAUCCUGCAGGAAGAGCAAACCAAGAAACCUUGUCGGAAGUUUCUGCAAACAGGCCAGUGUGAUUUUGGGUCCAACUGCAGAUUUUCUCACAUGACAGAGCAGGACCUGGAGAAACUGAGUGCCCAGGUUCAAGGGGAGAAGAGACUGAAGGAGCUGCAGAGGGAGGGAGCAGAUAUCCCACCUGGCACCAUCGAGGACUGGCUGGACAAGAGAGCCCAGAGGCUGAGUGCAGCUCAGAGUAACAGUGCUCUUCCUGAGAAACCAACACCAUUCCAGUACCCUCCAGGCUGGCCACCAGUGCAGGAGCUGCCCCCAUCCCUGCAGGCCCCCCCACCCGGGGGGUGGCUGGUGCCCCCCAGCCUGCAGUGGGGCUGAGGCAGUGGCAUCCCCAGAGCCUGGCUAGGGCUGGCUGGCUGCCUCUGCUCUGGGAAAGGGACAUAAUUAUUUAUACACACUUUUAUUUCAAUAAACCCUCCUCCUGCCUGUUGCA